GUUUUUCUCCGAUCCAUGCAGCUUGACUUCGUGUGAAACAUCCAACCCGCUCUCUUCUUUUUCUUCACUUUUUACUUGUCACUCCAUUUUACAUCCUAUUAGCUAUUCGACAAACGUAAGCUUUUUAAGUUUGAGAGAGUGAGUGAGAAGUGAAAUCAAUCCUGCUUAGCAUAACCUCGCUCAUUUGGAUAUUAUGCAGAACUCCUUCACCACAACGAACAAUGACUUCCACAGCCCAACAUCCAUUAAACACGGACGAACCAGUCGAUUCUUUGACUGAUCACGAAGAGGAAGCUCGUGACAUCGUACCCGACGACAUGCCGUCCAUGCUUUCUGUACCAACCAUGCGGUCUAGACGAGUAUCCGUGAGUGCCGAAUCGAUCCAACCGUCCAGCGUGUCGAAACAAGAGUACAUUGUUCAUCCAAAGACAGAAGAUCAGAGACAGCGCAUAAAUGCUGCCAUUGCCAACAACUUUUUAUUCAAAAGCCUCGACGACGAACAAGCUGGACAUGUCAUUGAUGCCAUGGCAGAAAAGCGUGUGUCCCAAGAUACAGUCUUAAUUGAACAAGGCGCCGAGGGUGAUUUCUACUAUAUUGUCGAAUCGGGCACAUUUGACUGCUUUAUAAAACACGACUCGACAUCCAACAAAGUCACUAGUUAUGGUCCCGGUGGUAGUUUUGGCGAACUGGCACUCAUGUACAAUGCGCCUCGUGCAGCUACCAUUGUCGCUACAUCUGAUGGUGUACUCUGGGCACUCGAUCGCAUUACUUUCCGAUCGAUUUUAAUGGACUCGACCGCUCGUAAACGUCGCAUGUAUGAACAGUUCUUGUCCGAAGUUCCCAUUUUGCGAUCGCUCAAGACAUAUGAGCGACACAAGAUUGCCGAUGCCUUGGAGCCUAUUCAGUUUGACGAUCAACAAGUGGUAAUGCGUGAGGGUGACGUUGGCCAGAACUUUUAUCUUAUAGAGGAUGGCGAAGCUAUCUUUUACAAGACAGCCGAGGAUGGAACACAGAGUGAAGUAAACCGUAGUAGCAAAGGUGACUAUUUUGGUGAACUGGCACUUCUCCAUGACAACCCGCGGGCCGCUACAGUCGUCGCGCAUGGUCGCUUAAAAUGUGUCACCCUGGGCAAAAAGGCGUUUACGCGGUUGUUAGGACCUGUAAUGGAUAUUUUGAAACGCAACUCUGAAAAUUAUCAUGCUAUUCUUAGAGAAGCCAGCAAACAAGAUUAGAUAUAACUGUAAAUGUGUUCUUUAAUGUGUUGUAUGAAUGGUUUAACCUCGCCGGUAUAAAAUGCGGUUCUUCAAUUGAUGAUAUGUGUAUGCGUGUGUUGGC